AUGAGAUACUUAAGAAACGACUAUCCACGCCCCCUCCUCGAGCAACUCAAUGAUGUCUACGAUGACCUGCCCCCAGUACCACCAGCACACGUCUACAUCGUCACGACAAAAAACUUCGAGGACAAAAAAAACCCAAAGUUCAGCAUAAUCGAAACCCAUCACUCACUCAUAGUGGCGCACCGACAAGCCACGAACCUUUUCAAGAGCAAGUACCUAAUGUGGUUCAUGCAGUCACUCAAUUUCGAAAACUGGGCUCGUGCGGGCGAGAACCUUGAAAUUGAAAUCUGGGCUCGGGGGCAGGAGGACCUUAAAGGUUUCGAUCAUAUUGUGAAAUGGGAGGUUUAUGACCAAGGUGGACUCGAUCUUGAGGCUUGGAGGAGGUCUAAGGAUGACCCCAAUAACAUCGAGUUUCUGGGGUCUGUUGAGGUGGAGUAUCAUCUUAUUAAUGGAAUUUGA